GGAAUUUGAGGGUUGUGGAAAUUUCUUCCUAACCCCACAUGCUUAUGCCUACUCCCCCCCUCUCCCUCAACAACUUCUAUUGGAGAUUCCAGAUGCCCUUUACCUUUUUCCCAUUUUCCACUCUUUUUCCUCUCAUGGCUUCCCAUUUUCUUCUAUAAAUUCCCCUUCCAAUUCCUUCAUAAACCUCUUCUCUUCUCUUCUCUUACCCCCCCUCUUAAUUUCCAGCCUUUUCUAGUUCUUUCGGCAAGGGCUGAGAUUCUGCUGCUCUUCAGCCUCAGAAACUGUUUCCUUUCUGGGUUUUAUGCUGUUGAAUCUUUCAAACCCAUCUUCCAUUUGACAGCAGAUCAGAGAUCUCUGGAUUUUCUAGAUCUUGAUGCUGCAUAUUUUUAUCUUAAUGUUUGAGAUUCAUGUCUCCAGUUCUCAGUGAAAUCCUCCGUUCCGGGUUUAUGAUCAAUUCCUCUCUCAGGCGCAGGACCCAUCUCGUUCAAUCUUUCUCAGUUGUUUUUCUUUAUUGGUUCUAUGUGUUUUCAUGAACAAUCUGUUCGAUCUUCCUGAAUCAUAUAUAGUAUAUUAGUUGCAUAUAUAGCUAUAUUAUUAAUUACCCAUAAAAUAUCAGAUUAGCUUCUGGGUCCUGCGUCUAAGGUAAGAUCAAGACAAAAGAUCUCAGUUUUAUUGAGAUUAUCAGUAGUGUUUGCUGUAAAUAUAUAAAAUCUCUAUGGCAUCCUCCAGUGGAAAUUCAUCAGGAUCCUCUCAGCUUCACAAUUCUGGGUCUGAAGAAGACAUCCAGAUGUUGAUGGAUCAAAGAAAAAGGAAGAGAAUGCAAUCAAAUAGAGAAUCAGCAAGGCGAUCCAGGCAGAAAAAGCAGCAGCAUCUGGAUAAAUUGAUGUCUCAAGUGACAGAGCUGAGGAAGGACAAUAACCAAAUCCUCACAAGCAUCAAUAUCACCACACAACAUUACUUGAAUAUUGAGGCUGAGAACUCAAUUUUAAGGGCUCAAAGAAUGGAACUUAGCCAAAGACUUGAAUCUCUAAAUGAGAUCCUCAAUUAUAUCAACACAAACAACAUUGGGAUCUUUGAAAAUGAAGAUCUCCAAACAAGUUCUGCUGCUGAAACCUUCAUGAAUCCUCUUAAUUUGAUGUAUCUUAACCAGCCAAUCAUGGCAUCUCCAGAGUUCUUUCAGUAUUGAAGUGUUGAUUGAGAGGAUUGAAAGCUAGGAAUUGGUCAAUUUGUGGUUGUCUCAAUCUGGUGUUUUUUUUUCUUUUUCUGGUUUUUUAGUUUUGAUUUUGAAUGGUAGUUUAAUUUAGCUCUUAGGAUGAUGGAAUAUGUCUAAGAUAGAAGGAAGUAGAUGGAAAAUGAUUAUUGAUGUUUUGGCUUGUCAUGGGUCACUAUGGUGUGAAAUUAAAAUGUAUUUUGUCUCUCUCUCUCUA